AUGAUUCCACAAGAUGCAGCCCCUCCCGCACAAGGGCCGAACGAGACCAGUUAUUUCUUUAGCCUACUCAAUCGCGACGUCCGAAACCUAAUCUACGAUCAUAUGACGCUUGGUCAAAUUCGUAACAAAGACGCGACCCAAUGGAUUGGCUUCAGAGGUACCUGUCGGCAGGCAAAACAAGAAGCUGAAGAGGAGGGCGUGCGCCAUCUAUGGAUUAAAUUCACCAAGACCACAGGGUUUGAUCUGAGGCUACCGCGUCAACUGAAAAAGAUGGAAGACUUUAUUGGACUGACAGAAAUGACGCUGAUCACCAACGCACCUGUUCACGUACUCGACCUUCGCCAGGAUUGCUGUCCUCGCACUGGUCUCGAGGACUUGCUCUGUAUUGAGAUCGAGGGUAUUGCUCUUCAUUACACUGGUGAACAAACACCGGAUAGCCCGAAAGAUCUGACAGAAGCUGCCGUACUAAUGCUAUUAUGUCUGGUGGAAAAGAGUUGGGAAAAUCCCCACAGGAUGGGUAUCACACCAUGUUCGUUUCAUAACAACGACAUUACUAUCUCGUGGGAUUAUCGCAGCCGUACUCGCGAGGAUGAAUACGAGAGCGUCCCAACCUACCAACUCAAGAAAGAACUUUGCAAUCGAGGUGUCACAUCAAAAGAUAUGCCACACCGCAAGCCCGCUGUGAUAGAUGUUCUUCUCUCACAAGAUGCCAACAAGCUGCGUGCCAUUAACGCCACAACUUCAGAGCCAGCUACAGGCUCUCCGCAAGUACUGGCUGGAAAACGGUUCUAUGUUGUAGAGGUAGAUGGCUCACUCGAUACCAUGGCGUUCGAAAGCGAUAUACCGCCUUUCCAUGCGGAUACCAACCUUUUCGAUCCCCAUAAAUCAAGAUUCUAUGCAGACACAUCGCUAUUUUACGCUACCAACCGACGGAACUCCGUUGGCAUGGUGCGUCUGGGUGAGAUUCAUUAUUACUUUGGUGGAGGCAUGUGCGAGUCCUUGAUACAAGACGUGUGGGACGAAACGAGGAAAGAGGAUCAAGACAGGGUCUCUGUACCAGUUGAGGUCUGCUGGAAUGGUAUCAAAUAUGACUAA